UCAACUGGGACGGGAGCAGCCACACACAGGGAACAGUGACCUCUCCACGCCCACGGCUGGCGUCCACGACUUCGGCCCGACCCCCUCUUCUGACCUCCUUCCCCCAAGUCCAACACUGCAAACGCCGAGCUGCCGGCUGCGGCCCUAUUGGAGGGGCCUCAGUAACAGAGGGCAGGUGCCAGUCUCGCGCCCUAGUUCCUUCCUCUGCUACAACUCCAAGUUCGAGGCCACAGUGCCUUCUGGAAGAGUGGUAGUGCUGCCUGGGAGCACUGCACAGGAGAAACGGGGGCUGGAGGUAAAGACAGGAGGCUUGGGAGGCGGCGACGUGGGCGAGCUGGAAUAGUCUAGAAGCUGAGCAGAACAAAGGCGGUGUGACUGGUGAGCCUCGGAGGGAUCCUCCUCCCUGCUAGAAUAUGCAUGAUCCUGCGGGAGUCUUCGCCCGCCAGGAGCAGGGACGCGUCCGAGCCAACACGGGGCGCGCGCCCAGGCGCACUUUCCCGGCUCGGGGUGCAAGAGAGCCAGGCAACCGCGGCGCGGCGGAGGGGCUGCAGGCCCGGACCCCAGGCCGGCCAGCGUGUAAGCGCCCCCGCCGGCCGGGCUCCGUGGGGGGUCAGCUCCCAGACCCCUACAGCGUGGUAGCGCCUCUCCGAGUGCUCCGGGACCAGCGGCCCGGCCGCCCCCAAAGUCAGCUUCCCUUUCCCUUCCCCGCACCGGGAUCCCAGACCAGGGAGGGGGCGCACGUCCGACGGCAGAGGACUAGCGGGGCGCGGGCCGGCCCGGCAGGUGCCCAUCGUCGCCCUGUGGGACCCCGGUGGCGCGUUCUGUCCUCCGCCACCACCCCGGCUGGUUGGGACCCAGCACCCAGUGGAGCGCGCCGCCCCCUCGGGGACCCGCUGGGCGGGGCUGAGCGAGGCUCGGAGUGCGGGCGCGGGGACGCGGGGCGAACCCAGGGCGCUACGCCACCUCGGCUGUCUCCAGCGGAGACCGGCGCCCUCGCCUCCGUCUCCGUUCAUUGCGCCGCAUUCAUCCAGCAGAUUUUAAAACAAUUCUCGUUUAAAAAGGCAUUUUACUCCGCGCGUCUUCCUUACAGCCAUUUAGUUGGGAGUUUGCGGUGGGCAGGGGGAGGGAGAAGAAACGCCUGCUCCGAAUCGGAAAACACCGAAGAGACCAGACCGUCUGUUUCAGCAGCAGGAGAGAGACCGGCCGUCGCAGGAGCCGCGCACGUCUCCAACUCUCUAGUGCUUUUUGCGCACAUUCCUAACUGCCGGACGUCCAUCCCAGCGGGCAGGCAUGGGGUGUUUGGGCGGCAACAGCAAGACGACAGAAGACCAGGGCGUCGAUGAAAAGGAACGACGCGAGGCCAACAAAAAGAUCGAGAAGCAGUUGCAGAAAGAGCGCCUGGCUUACAAGGCUACCCACCGCCUGCUGCUCCUGGGGGCUGGUGAGUCUGGGAAAAGCACUAUCGUCAAACAGAUGAGGAUCCUGCACGUCAAUGGGUUUAAUCCCGAGGAAAAGAAACAGAAAAUUCUGGACAUCCGGAAAAACGUUAAAGAUGCUAUCGUGACAAUAGUUUCAGCAAUGAGUACUAUAAUACCUCCAGUUCCGCUGGCCAACCCUGAAAACCAGUUUCGAUCAGACUACAUCAAGAGCAUAGCCCCUAUCACUGACUUUGAAUAUUCCCAGGAAUUCUUUGACCAUGUGAAAAAACUUUGGGACGAUGAAGGAGUGAAGGCAUGCUUUGAGAGAUCCAAUGAAUACCAGCUGAUUGACUGUGCACAAUACUUCCUGGAAAGAAUCGACAGCGUCAGCUUGGUUGACUACACACCCACAGACCAGGACCUCCUCAGAUGCAGAGUUCUGACAUCUGGGAUUUUUGAGACACGAUUCCAAGUGGACAAAGUGAACUUUCACAUGUUUGAUGUUGGCGGCCAGAGGGAUGAGAGGAGAAAAUGGAUCCAGUGCUUUAAUGAUGUCACGGCUAUCAUUUACGUCGCAGCCUGCAGUAGCUACAACAUGGUGAUUCGAGAAGAUAAUAACACCAACAGGCUGAGAGAGUCCCUCGAUCUUUUUGAAAGCAUCUGGAACAACAGGUGGUUACGGACCAUUUCUAUCAUCUUGUUCUUGAACAAACAAGAUAUGCUGGCAGAAAAAGUCUUGGCAGGGAAAUCAAAAAUUGAAGACUAUUUCCCAGAAUAUGCAAAUUAUACCGUUCCUGAAGACGCAACACCAGAUGCAGGAGAAGAUCCCAAAGUUACGAGAGCCAAGUUCUUUAUCCGGGACCUGUUUUUGAGGAUCAGCACGGCCACCGGCGAAGGCAAACAUUACUGCUACCCGCACUUCACCUGCGCCGUGGACACAGAGAACAUCCGCAGGGUGUUCAACGACUGCCGCGACAUCAUCCAGCGGAUGCACCUCAAGCAGUACGAGCUCUUGUGAGGCUGCUGCUGCCACCCCGCGAUGGAGCGGCGCCCCAGACCGCCUGACUGCCAGCCCCGUGCCAUGGUAGGAGGCAGGGUCUCUAGUUCCAUCUCGCUGCCGUCUGUCCCGUUCUGUGUCGACCACCAAGCCUCUGGCUACCUCUGUCCCCUCAGGUUUGGUUGUGUAGCUUCUGUUGUCAUUGAAUACAACCUUCCACAGCAUCCCACCCCCAAAACCACCGACUCUCAUUGCUGACACUGCAGCAGAAUCUCUCCGGGUGGGAGCCCCUUUAUUCAUUCUCCCUUUAUUGAUUCAUCGAGGAGAACUUGGUAGAUGGGGAGAAAACGCAGUUUGCUUUCCCACAUUGUCAAGCGUGACCGCAAGAGCGUACAUGCAGUGCCCUGAGCCGCGGCCCUCUCUGAUUUUCCCUUUAUGAAGCUGCAGGUUGACGAGCGAUGGUCCCUUCCCAUCGGCCUUAGCCCUAGACUUAGAGUCGACCCCAAGCGACAGGGUGACCAGAAACCCUUUUACAGUCACAUUCAGAGUCGCUGCUGGCCUCAGGCAUUUGAAUUAGAGCUACUUUGAGCCUCUUACAUUUAGGCAGAAAACCUACCACAUUCACUACUGCAAAAUCCGUCUUGUGUAAAAAUGAUUCUCUAAACUUUCACUAUACUUAGGCAUAGUCUUCUUUCUCAGAUUCUUUUUGUUGUUGUCCCUAUUGCUGGUUUAUUAUACUGUACAGACCACAAAAUGUAAUAUUCUUUUGUAUAACUACUAAAGAAAAAUCCUUGUAGAUCUUUGUGCCUU